UAGAGCUGGAAUGCCAGUUAGGCGGACAUACCUCAAAUUUAACCCUUCUAAACGUAUUCCAUAUCCCCACAAACGACUUCUGUUUGUUCUCCGAGUCCCGAUUUGACCUGGGAGGAGGAGGAAUCACUGGAUUUGGUGGCCAGCGCAAGCUACUCAAUGGUCAGAAGAAAAUUGUAGCGGAAGCAAGACUUACCCCAUCAAGAUUAUACCUCCUAAAGGCAAAAGCAAAGGUCCAGAGCAAGGAGAGAAUGAACGCGCUCAUAUCUCCUAAGCCAUCAUGGGACGAAUGGCACCGAAGAUUUGGACAUGUAGCGACGUCAUCGCUACAGAAGAUCUAUAAUGACAAUUUGGUUAGCGGACUCGACGUAGAUACAAGCAGCUUACCUCAUAGCUGUGAAGCAUGUAUCGCAUCAAAGAUCACGAAGAGGCCUUUCCCGAAGGAAGCCGAAACUCGAGCGGACGUACCUGGAGAACGCACCUAUAGCGACGUCUGGGGUCCUGCAAGAACGAAGUCAAUAGAAGGAUCAAGAUAUUAUAUUUCAUUUACCGAUGACGCGACGAGGAGAACGACAGUUCUCUUCAUGAAGGAUAAGGGGGAGGCGACGGAGAGGGUCAAGACUUACCUCACUUAUGUGGAACGGCGCUUCCCAACGCCCCCGAAAGCAAUUCGAAUCGAUAACGGAAAGGAAUUCAUCAACAAAGAGUUGAAGAAUUGGUGCAAGAGCAAGAUAAUCGAUAUUGAGGCGACGUCCCCAUAUUCCCCAAGUCAAAAUGGCGUCGCCGAACGAUUCAAUAGAACAUUAAUGGAGUUAGCGAGAGCAAUGCUGAUAGCAAGAAACUUACCGCAUUUUCUAUGGACGCAUGCAGUCGCCUAUGCAGCGUACCUGCGGAAUCGGGUGAUGACCCGAGCACUCAAGGGCAAGACACCACACGAAGCGUGGACUGGCAAGAAACCAGACGUAUCACACCUGCGAGAAUUCGGAUGUCCAGUAUGGAUCAAGGUCGAGGAGAGUAUAGGAAAACUCUCACCUCGAGCCGUCAAGCAUAUUUUUGUCGGAUUUGAAGAUGGUCCGAAGGCGAUCCGCUAUUAUGAUGUCCAGAAGAGGUCGAUUAAGGUAUCGCGAAAUUUUGUAUUUACCGAUGCCGAGCCCGCAAAGAAAGUUGAAGUAUUGGUCCAAGGUGGAUCGACGAUUGAGGGGGAGCAGGCGAGUACCGAAGAGUCCAAUCGUCAAGCCGAAGAGAGUACUGUCGAAGAUAUGCUACGCGAGGAAACCAAAGUCAGUUCGGCAGAGCCAAAAGGUCAAAACCCACUGAUACGCGUCCUUCCUGGCCGCAAAGCAGCCAAGGAUAUGGACUAUGCUGUUGCCGGCAAUAUGGACGCCCGACCAGCAAAGCCAAGAGGUCCUCGAGCACGAACGGACCCUGACGCCACAAGCUCUGCCGGAUCUGAAGACCAAGCAUCCGAAGGUCUCAAUUUCGCGUACGCUGCCCUAGGUGGUAUCGUCAGUUUAGAAGAAAUCCCAAAGACGCUGAGAGAAGCUCGUGCGUCAAAGGAAGCAAAGCAUUGGGAAGAGGCAUUUAAGAAAGAAGUAAACCAACUCACCGAGAAGAGAACGUGGGAGAAGACAAAGCUACCUCCCGGACGCAAAGCGUUAGGAACGCGAACGGUCUUCAAUAAGAAAUACGACGCUGAUGGAAACGUGAAGUACAAGGCAAGAAUCGUAGUGAAAGGGUACUCACAAAUUCCCGGAUUUGACUAUACGGAGACAUUUGCGCCAGUUGUCCGACUCGAUUCCCUGCGAGCGUUGAUAGCGUUAGCAGCAGUGAACAAUUGGGAGAUGGAAGCGAUGGACGUGAAAGGUGCUUACCUGAAUGCCAAUUUAGACGAAGAACUUUAUAUCGAACAGCCGGAAGGAUACAACGACGGUUCUGGAGAUGUGCUGAAGUUAGUCAAGGCACUCUAUGGAACGAAGCAAGCAGCCCGUGCGUGGCACAAGACGUUGAAGGAAACACUUACCGAGAAAGGAGCGAAGGUUAUCGACGAAGACCAGAGCAUUUUCAUGUUCACUAUCGACGGGUGGUUUGUUUUCAUGGCCAUCUGGGUGGACGAUAUCGUGGUCGUGUCGAAUAGCCGAGAGAAGAUGCAAGAGAUCAAGGAGUGGUUCAAGACGAAGUUCGAAGCCACAGAUUUAGGAGAACCCCGCAAGAUUUUAGGAGUAGAAGUCGAGAGGGAUCGCGUCAAUGGUACCAUUUCGCUCGGACAGAAGACUUACAUCGAUGAUAUAGUCAAGCGAAUGGGACUACAAGACGCCAAUCCCGCUCCGACUCCACUAGAUGACGCCGAACAAUUAGUACACGACGACGGACCAAUGGACGAAGCACAUACCAAAUCCGAAUACGCGACUGCGAUCGGAAUGCUAAUGUACGCGGCAAUAUGCACGCGCCCGGACAUUGCAUUCGCGGUACAGACGCUCAGCCAAUUCAACCAAAAACCAACGAAGACCCAUUGGACCGCUAUCAAGAGAGUUUUUCGUUAUCUCUCUGGUACACGGUCAUUCAAACUCACCUACGGAGGCGACGGAGCCGACAGCGAACUUAUCGGAUUCACGGAUGCCGACUGGGCGAGCAACCGCAUAGACAGGAAGUCAGUUUCUGGCUAUUGCUACAUGAUUGGAGGAGGAGCAAUUACCUGGAGUUCGAAGAAGCAACCUAUUGUCGCAUUAUCGUCAGCAGAAGCAGAGUAUAUCGCCGAAACUCACUCAGGACGCGAAGCCCUAUGGCUACGCCGCCUUCUCAGCUCGUUCGGCAGCCCGCAAGACGAACCUACCUUAAUUUACGCGGAUAAUCAAGCAGCUAUCAAGUUAGCAGAUGGAGGACAGUUUCAUACACGUACCAAACAUAUCGAUACUCGCUAUCAUUUUAUACGCCAAUUAGUGGAAAACAAAGACAUAGAAUAUCGUUACAUAUCCACUCACCUUAAUGUCGCCGAUGUAUUUACCAAGGCACUUCCCAAGGAGAAGCACCAUCUAUUCGUUCUCGACUUGGGACUAGUGGCAGCUUGA